CAGUAGGAAGUUUCUGCUGGGGCACGGUGCUGAAGCUUGGAAUUACACACCAGAACCAUUGUAUGUCCGGACGCUAAAGAAAGUUUCCCCUUUUUACCCCAAAGAGUCUACAUGUCUAAUAUUUAGACAUGUUCAGCUUUGUGGAUACGCGGACUUUGCUGUUACUAGCAGCAACGUUAGUGGUGGGAAGAUGUCAAGCGGACGAUGACAAUAGCGGAACGAGCUGCUACAAGGAUGGAAAUCAGUACGAAGACAAGGACAUCUGGAAACCCCAGCCCUGUCAGAUUUGCGUCUGUGACAAUGGCCGGGUCCUUUGUGACGACAUAAUCUGCGAGGAAACGAGCGACUGCCCCGAUGCUGAAAUCCGCCCUGGAGAAUGCUGCCCCGUCUGCCCCAGCCAAGAACCAGAUGGCGGAGAAACAUAUCCCUCUGGCCCCGGUAUUCAGGGACCUCAAGGCCCCAAGGGAGAACCUGGUCCUAAAGGUGAUAGAGGACUUCCAGGUUUACCAGGAAGAGAUGGAAUCCCAGGACCUCCAGGUCGUGAUGGCCCCCCUGGUCCACCUGGUCCUCCUGGAACAUCUGGCCUUGGCGGAAACUUCCUCCCUCAGAUGAGUGUUGGCUAUAGUGAGAAAACAUCUGGUGGUAUUCCAAUGCCCGGACCUAUGGGUCCAAUGGGUCCCAGAGGAGCUCCCGGCCCACCUGGUACACCCGGUCCUCAAGGAUUCCAGGGACACCAAGGAGAACCUGGUGAACCAGGCGCACCUGGUCCAAUGGGUCCACGUGGUCCUCCUGGCCCUCCUGGAAAGAAUGGUGAUGAUGGUGAAAGUGGCAAGCCUGGUCGCCCUGGUGACCGUGGUGCCCCUGGUCCUCAGGGUGCUCGUGGUUUCCCUGGAACUCCCGGACUGCCAGGAAUCAAAGGACACAGAGGUUACAAUGGUCUAGAUGGUGCUAAGGGUGAUCCUGGACCUGCUGGCCCUAAGGGUGAAGCUGGUGCUCCUGGUGAAAAUGGCAGCCCCGGUGCAAUGGGUCCUCGUGGUCAAGCUGGUGAACGAGGUCGAUCUGGUGCCCCUGGUCCUGCUGGUGCUCGUGGUAACGAUGGUGCUGCUGGUGCUGCUGGCCCACCUGGCCCUGUUGGUCCAGCUGGUCCCCCUGGAUUCCCUGGUGCUCCUGGUGCCAAGGGUGAAGCUGGUCCUGCUGGUGGUCGUGGUGCUGAUGGUCCUGCUGGUGCUCGUGGUGAACCUGGCAACCCUGGACCUGCUGGCCCAACUGGCGCUCCUGGCCUCUCUGGUACUGAUGGUCAACCUGGAGCCAAAGGUGCAGCUGGUGCUCCUGGUAUUUCUGGUGCUCCUGGCUUCCCUGGUCCACGAGGACCAAGUGGCCCACAAGGUGCUGUCGGACCUACUGGUCCUAAGGGUAACACGGGUGAAGCUGGCGCCCCUGGUUCCAAGGGUGAACCUGGUGCAAAAGGUGAACCUGGUGUUGGUGGUCCCCAAGGUCCCCCUGGCCCUGCUGGUGAGGAAGGAAAGAGAGGUGCCCGUGGUGAGCCUGGCAUUCAGGGUCUUCCUGGCAGCCCUGGUGAACGUGGUGGCCCUGGACUGCGUGGUUUCCCUGGUUCAGAUGGUCCAAUAGGUCCCAAGGGCAUUCAAGGAGAGCGUGGUCCUGGAGGACCUCUUGGUCCCAAGGGUGCCACUGGUGAACCUGGCCGACCUGGUGAGGCUGGUCUCCCCGGUGCAAGAGGUCUGACUGGUAGCCCUGGCAGCCCAGGUGCUGAUGGAAAGCCUGGUCCUCCUGGUCCUGCUGGUCAAGAUGGUCGUCCUGGUCCACCUGGUUCUGCUGGUACAAGAGGUCAGCCUGGUGUGAUGGGUUUCCCUGGUCCUAAGGGUGCUGCUGGUGAGCCUGGCAAAUCUGGUGAGAGAGGAAUUGCUGGUCCUGUUGGCGCAGUGGGUUCUGCUGGCAAAGAUGGUGAAGUUGGUGCUCCUGGUCCUGCUGGUCCUGCUGGUCCAACUGGUGACAGAGGUGAACAAGGACCCGCAGGUCCUCCUGGCUUCCAGGGUCUCCCAGGUCCUCCCGGUGCUGCUGGUGAAGCUGGCAAACCUGGCGAACAGGGCUUGCCUGGUGAUGUUGGUGCUCCUGGUGCUCCUGGCUCAAGAGGUGAAAGAGGUUUCCAUGGUGAACGUGGUCCUCCUGGUGCCGUUGGCCCUCCAGGUACUCGUGGUGCUCCUGGCGCUCCUGGUAAUGAUGGCCCUAAGGGUGAUGCUGGUCCUGUUGGUACUCCUGGUGGUCAGGGUCCUCCUGGUCUGCAGGGUAUGCCUGGUGCUGUUGGUGUUAGUGGUCUUCCUGGUCCCAAGGGUGCAAGAGGUGAGACAGGUCCAAAGGGAAGUGAUGGUGCUCCUGGCAAAGAUGGAAUGAGAGGCAUGACUGGAGCAAUUGGCCCACCUGGACAUGCUGGAGCUCCUGGUGAGAAGGGUGAAGCUGGUCCUUCUGGUCCUGCAGGUCCCGCUGGUGUUCGCGGUGCUACUGGCGAACGUGGUGAACCUGGUUCUCCUGGUCCUGCUGGUUUCGCUGGUCCUCCUGGUACAGAUGGUCAACCUGGUGCUAAAGGUGAACCUGGUGAUUCUGGAGCAAAGGGUGAUCCUGGUCCUGCCGGUCCUGUUGGUGCAGUUGGAAUUGCUGGUCCUCCUGGUCCUACUGGUGCCCCUGGUGCUAAAGGUGCUCGUGGUCCUGCUGGUCCACCUGGUGCCACUGGUUUCCCUGGUGCUGCUGGUAGAGUUGGUCCACCUGGCCCAAGUGGAAAUACUGGUCCUCCUGGCCCAGCUGGCCCAGCUGGAAAAGAAGGUGCCAAAGGUAUUCGUGGUGAAACCGGUCCUGUUGGUCGCCCUGGUGAACCUGGUGCUAUUGGUCCUCCUGGUUCCCCUGGCGAGAAAGGUUCUCCUGGCUCUGAUGGUCCACCUGGUGCAGCAGGUAUCCCUGGACCUCAAGGUCUUACUGGAUCCCGUGGUGUAGUUGGUUUGACUGGACCAAGAGGAGAUCGUGGUAACAUGGGUCUCCAAGGCAAAUCUGGUGAGCCUGGAAAACAAGGUCCAGUUGGUGCACCUGGUGACCGUGGACCCCCAGGCCCAAUGGGUCCUCCUGGUAUUGCUGGCCCACCUGGUGAAUCUGGUCGUGAAGGUGCCCCUGGUGCUGAAGGUGCUCCUGGUCGUGAUGGUGCUCCUGGUCCUAAGGGUGAUCGUGGUGAGUCCGGUCCAUCUGGUCCUCCCGGUGCUCCUGGUGCCCCUGGUGCCCCUGGCCCAGUUGGUCCUGCUGGCAAGCAUGGCGAUCGUGGUGAACCAGGUGCUGCUGGUCCUGCUGGUCCUGCUGGUCCAAUGGGUCCCCGUGGUCCUGUGGGUGCAGUUGGUUCCCGUGGUGAUAGAGGUGAAUCUGGUGAGUCUGGUGCAAGAGGUAUCAAAGGCCACAGAGGUUUCCCUGGUAUUCAAGGUCUGCCUGGUCCUCCUGGUCCUCCUGGUGAGCAAGGUCCUGCUGGCCCUUCAGGUGCUGCUGGCCCACGUGGUCCUGCUGGUCCCUCUGGUUCUCCUGGCAAAGAUGGUAUUAGUGGUCUCCCUGGUCCUAUUGGUCCACCUGGUCCUCGUGGUCGUAACGGUGACAUGGGUCCUGCUGGCCCACCUGGACCUCCUGGUAUCCCUGGCCCACCUGGUCCAUCUUCUGGAGGAUUCGACUUCCAAUUCGCUGCACCACAACCCGACAAAGGCCCAGAUCCACUCCGUUAUUUCAGAGCUGAUGAUGCCGGGGCUGUCGCGGACCGUGACAUUCAAAUUGACACCACUCUGAAAUCCCUGACCCAGCAGAUUGAGAGCAUCCGCAGCCCUGAAGGCACCAGAAAGAACCCAGCCCGUACCUGCCGUGACCUGAAGAUGUGCCACCCAGAUUGGAAGAGCGGCGAUUAUUGGAUUGAUCCUAACCAAGGCUGCACUCUGGAUGCUAUCCGUGUAUACUGUAACAUGGAAACUGGUGAGACCUGCGUCUACUCAAGCCCACAGACAAUCCCACAAAAGAACUGGUACACAACCAAGAAUCCAAAGGAGAAGAAGCAUGUCUGGUUCGGCGAGAACAUGGAUGGCGGCUUCCAGUUUGGCUAUGGUGGUGAUGAUGGUGUCCUUGCUGGAGAUGUUGCAAUCCAAAUUACCUUCCUGCGCUUGAUGUCCUCUGAGGCAACCCAGAACAUCACAUACCACUGUAAGAAUAGCAUUGCCUACAUGGACGAGGAAGCUGGUAACCUGAAGAAGGCAGUAUUGCUCCAAGGUUCCAACGAAAUUGAAAUCAGAGCAGAAGGCAACAGUCGAUUCACAUACACCGUUUCUGAGGAUGGUUGCACGAGACAUACUGGCGAAUGGGGCAGGACAGUCUUCGAAUACAAAACGAUGAAAACAUCACGACUGCCUAUUAUUGACAUUGCACCUAUGGAUGUUGGUGGCGCUGAUCAAGAAUUUGGUGUUGACAUUGGCCCAGUCUGCUUCUUGUAAAACGGACUUGAAAUUUACUUGCAGUCAUCUCUAAACUUUCUAUGCAUUGAAUUCUAAUUCAUUCGACAGCCACGGUCCACUUGCUUAAACUUCGGGCCUGAAGACGGGUGGGACAACUACAAGGACACUUUUUUAUGUUCUCUGUUUCUAUGGCAACAGGAAAAAAGUACUUGUCAGGUGUAAACCUUCCCCUGGAGUUAAGAGAUCACUGCAGGUGACAUUUUGCCAUAUACCACUGCAGAGAAAAAACUGAAAGAUUGUAUGUACCAUUUUCAGGUGGCAAAAUAAAUUUGAAAAAAUGUCAAAA